CUUCCGCCUACCAAUAUUCAACGUAGCCCACAGGUUUGGAGUUGGCCAAAAAAUGAUGAACUAAUGAUACAAUAAAGUCUUUGCAACUUGACAGCCCGCAUCUGGGCACCAUCCGCUCGCUUCUGUACGUAUUUUUACCCUCAGCACCACACCCCCUCCGCAUUUGAAAUGAUUAAGACUCAAUAUCUGUCAAUCCUCUGAGCCUAUGGCGAGAAUGAAGAUACCAAAUGAGUUGGUCGACUAAUGAUCAAACCUUCCCUAUUAUCUUGGAAUUAUACCGACAGUUUGACAAUGAUCCCCGGCUAAUGCAAAAUUCAGAUCCACUACCCGUGCUCUCUUAAACCAACAAUGACUGAUUCACCCGACCCCGUAUCCCUCCCCAUCCCCAUCUCCCACCUCGCCCACCGCUACUUCCUCUACUCACCUCCCAAUAUCGCCUAUCUCCGCCGCCACCACAAUGUCUGCGGCGUCCUCAUCGGCUCCCUCCCUCAAGUCCCUUCUCAAAACGUCUUCAUGGGCCUCCCCCUCGAGCUGAUGCCCGAAGAAGCGCGCGUGCUCGUCGAGCGCGGUGUGGCGUACAUCGUCGACGAUGUCGCGGCGCAUCGAGAAGGGCUAGAGAAGCUGAAGACGGCGGACGGGGCGGAGCGGCGGCGGGAGUAUAUGCGGUUGCUGCGAGAUGUGGGGCGAAAGGAUGCGGAGGAGGUGAUGCGGAAGAAGGAGGAGGUGAGGCGCGGGGCAUUGGAGCGGGCGGCGAAGAAACGGGCUGAGCAGCAGAAGAAGAACGGCGAAGAUGUAGGCGCGGAACAACGCGUAGAGGGAGGCGAUGCGCAGGACGUGGAUGACGGGACAGAACUAUUCUCUCAGCGUUCAGGCAGCGUGGCGUCUAGACCCAGUAUCCCAACCGAGUCAUACAAUUUCAUCACCCCCACCUCCUCCUCUCCCCUCUUCGACGUCCCUCCGUCCUCCGAGUGCGCCAGUACCUCCCCCGCCGCCAUCCCCGUCCCCGACUCGUAUCCCCUCUUCGCGCACCUCCAUGCCAACGGCUACUUCCUCUUCCCCGGCAUGCGGUUUGGAUGUAAUUACGUCGCGUAUCCCGGCGACCCGCUGCGGUUCCAUUCGCAUUUUUUGUCAAGGGGCGUCAAGUGGAAUGAGCAGGUGGACCUACUAGAUAUCGUGGGAGGAGGACGAUUGGGGACAGGUGUUAAGAAAGGGUACUUGCUUGGGGGGAAGGUAGAGGCUGAGCAGGCCGCGAGAACGCGGGAUGGAGAUGGGAUAUCCGAGGACGAUGUACGGGUUUUCUCGUUCGAGUGGGCUGGCAUGUGAGGUCCAUCUCAAUCAGCAUCGCUUUUUAUAAUACCUACUGGUUUUCUCAUGGAACCUGCGGGACUAAAUCAUGCGUGAAAUUCAAUGAUUAUGAUGAAUAUGCGACCCAGAAAUCCAUCGAGGCUG